AUGCGCCAGAGUUCUUUGGGGAUACCAUCGCUUGUAUUGACUCCGACGUGGUCAGCAAGGCCUUCAAGCAUGGCCAAGAUGCCUUCGACUUGCGCUUGCUGCCAAGAGAGGUUGAAUCAACUCCCCUCUAUGAUCAGCCUCCUGCACUGCAACACGGCACACUGGCUUUGGGGGGUGCCACCCUGCGAGAAGCCAAGCCAGGACUUGCUCUUGGGGACCUUGAGCGAACCUGGCAUUUAUUCAUUGCACCCUUGCGAAUGCUUCGGGGCUGCUUAUGCAAAUAUCGAGCCCGUGGACGAAGCCUCUGAUGCAGCGGUGCCACGCAAUCCGCAGGGCUACUUCAACAACGGCUCUGUUUCUGACCAGCUCUUGUUCUCGGGUCCUUACACCUGCGAAGCGACUGCCGGGCGCCCAGCAGCGGCGUUGGGCG